UGUUGUCUGCGUCAUCCGUUCUCUGCACACACACUAAGCAGGCAGCAAGAGUCGCGGAAAUGUCUGGCCGUAGUUUAGUCUUUGUUCCUUUCCGUCUAUGUUUGUUGUGGACCACUUUUGGAGUUUUGUCGAGCCGGGCAAUGACUAUUGCAGGCGGCCAGGAACCGAAGUUUGUCAGUUUGAAUGACAUGUUCCGUGAAGUGGAGGAGUUGAUGGAAGACACCCAACAUAUACUGGAGGAUGCAGUCGACCAGAUAACAACGGAGAGUGCGAGGUCACUGGAAAAUCAGCAUCAAGGGAUAACCAUUCAGAUUGGCAAGGAAAGUAAUAGUACAACCGGUGAGAGAAGAUCAUCCCAUAUCGGUGUGGAGAUCUCAGGCGAGUGGAACAGUGUGUAUCAUGAGUGCAUGGUGGACGAGGACUGUGGUGAACUGAAGUAUUGUCUCUACGGGACUGACAGCUCCAAGUGCCUCCCUUGCAUACCAACUGAUAUGCCCUGCACAAAGAACGAAGAGUGUUGCUCAAGUCAGAUGUGUGUUUGGGGCCAGUGUACGGUGAAUGCCACUGAGGGAACAGAAGGAACAAUCUGUCAGGGUCAGAAUGACUGCAAACUGGACCUCUGCUGUGCCUUUCAACGAGAGCUUUUAUUUCCUGUCUGCAACCCCAAGCCAGGAAAAGGGGAGGCCUGCCUAAACCAGCCUAACCUAUUAAUGGACAUGCUUGCCUGGGACCAUGAGGGUCCUCGCGACUACUGUCCCUGUGCCAAUGACCUGCAGUGCCAAACUCAUGGACGCGGAUCUGUUUGUGGACCAUAGCACCGGAAAAAGGGAUCUGAGCACGGUGCAGUAAUUAAAAUUCAUAACCUCGCUGGAAACAUUGCUGAAACUGUAAUUGAUGAUUGACCAAAGAAUAGCCCGCCUGCUGCAACUGUCAAAAAAGAGUUAUGCCUUCUUUUUGUAUGCAUUAUUUGUCCUAAAAUAUGCCAAGACUCAAGACAAAUUGACAGGAAACAAUUGAACACUAGGGGGUCAGCUUAAGGUUUAUUUGUAUCAGGGCAGUGAGGACUGCGCUUCAGUUUUUGGGGUGAUUUGUGUAUGUUUCAAACUUUUUUAAACUUGUGUUGCUGUUUUAGAAUGCCAUGAUUGCUUUGAUUAUCUCAUUUUGUUUGCUUGUUUUGGUGUGCUCUGAUCUUGACAGAUGACAUCAAUAAAAAAUAUGAAUCUAUAUAUCUGUAAUAUAUAAAAGCCUUUUCACACAGUACUCUAACAUUAUGGUACAUUAGGAACAAUCAUGGAAACAACACAAAUGCUGUUUUGUCCAAGAGAGCAGUUAGAGUACAUGAACAAUAUGGGCCGUCGUGUCACUCAAAGCAAUUUCUCAAUGCAACAAUGUAAACUAACAUACAUACACUGCUGGCCAAAAGUAUUGGCACCCCUGCAAUUCUGUCAGAUAAUGCUCAAUUUCUCCCAGAAAAUGAUUACAGUACAAAUGCUUUGGUAGUAAUAUCUUCUGUUAGGUUUUGUGUUGGUUACCUCCUAGUGUGUCCCUGUGAUUGCCCAUUGAUUUCAUCUGUUGUGCAUGCUCCUAGUGUAUACUCCAACCGGCAUCCUCCUGCGUCGCUCAUCUGUUCGUCGAUGUUUCGUAACCCCUUGUGUGUGUGUGUGUCUGUGUGUGUGUGUGUGUGUAUAUAAGCUCCCAGUUUCUUUUCUUUCCUUGUUGCGUCAUUGUCGAGGUCUAUCCCAGUGUGUCGAUAUCUAUGCCUAAGCCCUUAUGUUCCGGCAUUUCCUGUAUAAGUUUUGAGGCCUUUUAUUUGAUCUGUUGUCCUUUUGUUGGUAUAUAGAAUAUAAAAUAAAGACGAAAAAAUAUGAAUGCAAGGAUAAAUGGAAAAAAAAAAAGCAAUCUGGAAACUAGAAAAUCUAAAUAAAAUCUAAUAAAAAAUUCAUGAAUACAAAAACAUGGUGAAUCAACUACUCUUCCCAAACAGGUAUUCAAGUCAACUGUUGAAAAUUUUCGACUUCAACUUAAAUUUUAAAAAAUUUUGCUGUUUUUGUAAAGAAAAAUUUGCUAAUUCGUUUUUGCACCAUGUUAACGCCUCUUCUGUCAACACUUUUCAGUUCCUAUAGCGCCUUAUUCAAUGUGACCUGGUAGUAAGGAAGGUGUCAAGUGGUGACCAUGUUAAUAACCCCAAAAAAAAGUUUUUAAAACAUAUAGAUUUAAUCCCCAAAGUUUCAUAUGCUAUUGUUUCAAUGUGUUUUAUUCAUUGAUUUAUUUUUAACAACAAAAAUCUGAAACACUUUUUCCCCCGUUUACCAACACCAGGGGGUGCUGCAGCCCUCUCAGCAUCUUUCUUCCCGCGCCACUGGACCAGAAGUUUUGGAAAAUUCUUGUAUAACUUACAAUGCAAAAGGAAUUUGGUUUUCAUCACGUAAAAAAAUGUGUAGUCUCAUUUGCCAACUGUGUGAUAACCAACUCUAUGAAUCAAGGUGACACCUCUCAAUCAGCUGUAUUUAAUGUGGUCAGCGAGAAGCUGAUGUGGGGCAUCACUGUUUUAAACCUCUGGAUAAAUUAAAUCUAGCCGAAGUGCCACCCUUCAUCUUAGAGCUAUUGGCAUGUUUAUAAACUGUUUUAAUAGCAGUCGUAAAAUAGUAUCCAAAAGCUAUUUUUUUCAGGGAUUGAAAAAUAAACUUGUGCUCCACUGUAUCAAAUGCUUUACAAAAGUCCAGGGAACAAAUGAAACUAUCCUUUUCUAUGGGGAUGGUAAAGGUAAUGGGGGUAAGUGAUAAUGUCAAAAACUAAUCUGACAUGAUAUAUGAUGUGUCUAUUUGGCAUGUGCGUCACCAGACAUAUUUCACUGGGGCACGUGCCCCAGUAUUGAUCUGCAGUGCUCCAAUAUAAAUUUCACCAGUAAAGAAACAAAAAAACAACUUUGGAGUUUUAAGUCUACAUAGCAUAAUCUACAAGAAUGCACCUAUUUAAUAAGGUCAUAUUACUCUAUUCACUCCUGCACAUGGCACCUUGAUAUGGUAAUUUAUUCACAUAACUUUGGCUAUGAUAGGCAUAUGAGUUGAUACGUCCAAAACACAGAAGUAAAUCAACUUCAGAAUGGUUUCAGAAGAAUAAAAUAAACGUUCUGGAGUGGCCAAGUCAAAGUCCAGACUUGAACCUCCAUUGAGAUGCUGUGGCAUGACCUAAAGAUUCAUGUCAGACAUCCCAGGAACUGAACUACAGCAGUUUUGUAGAAAAAAAUGGGCCCUGAUUUGUCCUGAUCGAGGUACCAGACUGAUCUGCAGCUACAGGAAGCGUCUGGUUGAAGUUAUUGCUCCCAAAGGGGGGCCGCAAAAUAUUAGAUGUGAUGGUUCACUGACUUAUUUUCCGCCGUUUUGUCAUUGUUUGCAUACUAUCAUCAUUAAAAUAUGAAAACCUAUAAAUGUUUGGGUGGUUUUAGUUAAAGCAGACACCACUUUUUCAUCUGUGGGAUUUUGACAAAGAUCAGGUCACAUUUGAUGGGGAUUUUAUGCAGAAAUGUGAAAUUCCAAAAGGUUCAGAUACUUUUCUAGACCACUGUACGAUGACAAAUGCGUUUUGAGUGAGAGGCUCAAGAGCUUUGUCUAAUACUGUGUGAUAUGUGGUAUUUGAAUAUUGUCUUUGGGAUAUAAACCUCUAACAAUUUUGUAUGUGUGCUCAUCAUAAUUUCCAGCUGUUUUACAAGCAUUUUAUUUGUUACUGCAGUCCCUGUAAUCUGUAACAAAAUGUUUUUUUUUUUUUUUUAAAUUUCUAUUUGACCCAAACAGCAUUUUCUUGCAAAUGGAUAUUAGAGUUAUUUGCUCAGAGCAAGGAUAAAGGUGCUGCUGGCCUUCUACCAGUCAUCCAUUGAGAGCCUGC